ACAGCAGUCGCAGCCUGCAGGUGGUUUCGGUAGUUUCGGUACCAACAAUGCCAAUAAUGCCGCCAAACCAUCAAUAUUCGGCGCACCAUCUCAACCGGCAGCACCAACUACUGGCUUCAGCGGAUUUGGUCAGACACAGCCCCAGGGGCAGCAGACCCAACCGGCAGGAAACCUAUUUGGGAAUACUGGUGGGAGCAUUUUCGGUCAACCCCAACAAAAUCAAGGCAACCAACAACAACCGAAUCAAACACAACCAACUAGCUUGUUUAACCCACCUUCGACCCAACCAAAUACUGGGCUUUUUGGCAAUACUGGAGGUUUGUUUGGAAAUAACCAACAGACUCAGCAACAACCUGCCCAAAACACCAGUUUGUUCGCGCCAAAGCCUGCUACAACCACCCCAGGGUCAGGAGGAUUGUUUAGUAGUGGCUUUGGUCAGACAGGAGCGAAUACAACGACGGCAGGAGCUGGUCAGCAAACAAGCAUAUUUGGACAACCUUUAGGGCAGUCAACCGCGCAGCAACCUGCGGCUGGCACAAACACGUUUGGGUCUUCCUUGUUCAAUGCGCCUAAACCCACUGCCCCUACCCUUGGCAUGUCAACCUCUACGGGUCAAACAGGAGGCAGCACGUUAUUUGGAAACACAUUCGGGCAGUCAGGGAUGUUAAAUGCGUCUGCAAGUGCUCCAGGUGCUCAAGGCACACUAACGGCAUCUAUCAAUCAACCAAUCGGGAGCAACCUGCCCAUAUUCUCCAUGUUGCCACCUGGCCCUCGAGCAGUUACACUUGAACAGCAACCCAAAAAGAAACCCGGCUUUUUCGUCGAUGUACCGACCCGAUCAGUUGUGCCACGUUUACAAUUGGGUUACACCCCCGCCAACUCCAAACUACGUGGGUUCGCAUCGUCGGCGUCCAUGUCGAAUAUGGGAGGACAAGGCAUUAAUGGUUUCUCCGGUGGUUUAUCACUCACAUCUGGGAAACCUAAUGCCCUGUCCCUCAGCCGUAUGGAUGGCAGGGCAUCUGUGGGACCUGAUGCGUUUUUGAAUAGAAGUUCCAGUCCCUCACUUGGUAGUGGGGGAAGGCAGAGCGUGAAGAAGCUGAUAUUGGAUAAGAAAGUAGAACCUUCAGAUCUGUUUAGCAAAUCGGGUGGAUCACCAGGGAUGCGAAGCAGCCCUGGAAAAAUCACAUUUAGUCCCGCUCUGAGCCAGGCUGCUCGAGAAAAGGAAGUCAUGCGAGAGAAGGAAUUGGCAUCAUCGACUACGAUAUCACCAGCACCUAAUCGAACUGCAGAAUCUCCAACUCCAGCUGCCCGCAAUAUGCCAAACCGCUUCACGGCACAAAGUUCGAGUUCACUAAUCAACGACAGUCGUACAAAGUCGCCAGCCAAAGCUGACAAGGAGAGCGCGCCACUACAGCACGGAGACUACUGGGUUAAGCCUGACCUACAGACACUCGUUCAUGCUGGAUAUGAGGAGCUGGUAGCGUUCGAGAAGCUUGUAGUCGGACGUGUUGGUUACGGUGAAAUACAGUUUUUGGAGCCGGUGGAUCUCACGGGUCUCCCCAAACUUGGCGCAUUGCUGGGCGAGCUCGUGCGAUUCGACGACAAAGAAUGUAGCGUCUACCCUGACAGUGACGAUGCUGACAAACCGCCUGCUGGGACUGGGCUGAAUGUACGCGCAAUGAUUGUGCUACUGCGAUGCUGGGCUGUGGAUAAGGCGACGAGGGAACCCAUCAAAGACGAGAAGCAACCAAGCGCAGUGAAGCACUUGAAGAGGCUGAAAGCCAUGAAGGAUACGCAUUUCGAAAGCUUUGAUAUUACUGAGGGUAAAUGGACAUUUACUGUGGAGCACUUUUGAGUGCAUGAUCAUUGAUGUUCGAAAUUGAUGCAUGCAUGGCAUGUCUAUAUAUGUAGCUGAUUUUGGCCUGUUAUUAUAGUACGUACGUAGCUACCUGUUCUGAACAUGUAUGUGAUAGUUUUGAAACAAUGCGAUGGGAGUUUGUUUGUUUUGUCUUCAAA